UUCAGCCCUAUUUGUCAUGCAUAUAAGCUUAGUUCUUACUGUAUCGUUUUAUUAAGAAAGAAAAUCACAAUACAAAAUCAGAUAAGAUUCUCUCUGCUUCUUCUUCAAUUUUUCAAUGUUCUUCAAAUUCUUAUUGAGGUUUAUGGGGAGUUGGGUUACUCCCCCAUUGCCAAUUGAUUCUGGGGUGGAAACUCAACUUCCUUCAGAUCUACCCCCUACAACCACUCAACCAAUCUCUUCUUCUUCUUCUCCUUCUUCUUUCACUCAUGAUUCAUCAUGGACAUAUGAUGUGUUUUUGAGUUUUAGAGGUGAGGAUACACGUACCAAUUUUACAGAUCAUUUGUACAAGGCCUUGUGUGAUAAGGGCAUCUACACCUUCAUUGAUCGAGAGCUUACAAGAGGAGAAGAAAUAUCGCCAGCCCUUGUCAAAGCAAUUGAAGAAUCAAGAAUUUCUCUCAUUGUAUUCUCUGAAAACUAUGCAUCUUCGAGGUGGUGCUUGGAUGAACUUGUCAAGAUCCUUCAAUGUAAACAAUCAAACCAACAAAUAGUUUUCCUCAUCUUUUACAAGGUGGAUCCUUCGGAUGUGGGAAACCAAAAAAAUAGAUUUGGAGAUGCAUUUAGAGGCCUUAUUGAAAGGAAAUUCAAGAAUGACAAGGAGAAAGUGCUCAUAUGGAGGAAAGCUCUUAAAAAAGCAGCAAAAUUGUCUGGAUGGCAUUUCAAGGAGGGAGAGUAUGAAGCUACAUUUAUCAACAACAUUGUUGAUGAAAUCAUAAGCCGAGUACUGAGAUGCACAUAUUGGAAUGUGGCCAAGCACCCAGUUGGAAUUCAAUCUCAUGUACAAGAUGUGAAAAAGCUUUUAGAUGUUGGUGGGAAUGGUCGUCGCAUGGUUGGGAUAUGGGGGACAUCUGGAAUAGGCAAGACAACAAUUGCAAAAGCUAUAUGGAAUGCAAUUGCCCACGAAUUUCAAGGAGGUUGUUUCUUGCCAAAUGUUACAGAAGGAAGCUUAGUCCAGCUACAGGAGACUCUUCUCGAUAAGAUUCUAGGCAAAAAUUGGAAAAUUCAGAGUGUUGAUGAAGGAAUCGGUAUUAUAAAAGAACGGCUAAGGCAUAAAAAGAUUCUCUUAAUUCUUGACGAUGUGGACCAAUUGGAGCAGUUGGAAAAAUUGGCUGGAGAUGAUUGGUUUGGUGAGGGUAGUAGAGUAAUCAUUACUACAAAAAAUAGGAGAUUGCUUGAGAAUCGUGAAAUUGAGUUGAUAUAUGAGGUGAAGAAGUUAGAUUACAACCAAGCUCUUGAGCUUUUCAGUUGGCAUGCAUUCCGAAGAAGUGAACCUCCAGAAGAUUAUUUGGAACUCGCACAACGUGCAAUAGCUUUUGCUGAUGGCCUUCCACUAGCUCUAACAAUUUUAGGUUCUCAUCUUCGUGGUAUAGACAUAUGACGUUGGCAAGUUAUAUUAGAUGGUUACGAAGGAGAACCUUAUACCCAUAUUGAAAGAAUACUUCAAAAAAGUUAUGAUGCCUUGCAUCAUCUUUCAAAAGAAUAUUUUCUCGACAUUGCAUGUUUCUUCAAGGGUGAAUAUGAGGACUAUGUGCUACAAAUAGUACCCCAAAAAUUCAUUGAAGAAUUCGUUGACAAGGCAAUGAUAACUAUUGAAUGGGGUAGGAUUUUAAUGCACGACUUGCUAGCAAA